CAUCCCGGAGGGGCGGGGCUCGUCGAGGUGAAGUAAAAAGUCACAAACAAAGAUGGCGGCAGCGGUGGGUUGAGUGUUGUCAGUCAGCGGGACGGAGUGAGCCGGAGGAACUGUGACCCGGGGAGUCGGCUAUGUGUGUGUGAGUGCGCGGCGGAGCAGGAAGGUCAACGCUGGGAGAGGAAAUACAAAGCGGACACGUGUCGCCAGUUGCAGUGCAGCUGUUCGUGGCUCCGAGUUCAGUUAGACUGCGGCUCCUCCACUUGUGGCGAUUUCCCUUCAUGUUGGCUUGGUGAGAGGAGGAAGAGGAGGCGGCGCCCGCCGGCGGCAGGAUGUGGGUGUCACUGGUCAGACCAGCAUUUGUGCUCAUCCCUAACUUCCCUUGAACUGAGUGGAUUGAGAGGCCACCUCAGGACAGUUAAGACUUAACUAGGUUGUUCUGGACUCGUAUGUAGGCCAGACCAGGAAGACCGGCCAUGAUUGACGAUAAAGGCCCCAGGGUUAGUGACUACUUUGUAGUUGCAGGCCUGACUGACACAUCUACACCAUUGGAGGAAGAAAUCACUAUAUCAGAGACUAAGUCAACUGGACCAAAAGCACCAAUAACAGAUCUUGCUGUCAUCAUCAAAUCAGCAGGAGAAAAUGUACCAGAAGGUUACACUUGUAUCGAAACUACCCCUACGGGACUUCAGGCAAACUUGAAUUUUGGGAGUUUGAAAAGCCCAGAAAUGCAUCUUUGCUACAAAAGAGGGCGUGAGAAGCCACCUCUCAUUGAUAUUGGGGUUUUAUAUGAAGGGAAGGAACGUCUUAUUCCAGGAUGUGAAAUUUUACAUGCAACUCCCUUUGGCCGUUGUGCUAAUGUUAACAACAGUUCAACCACAUCUCAGCGAAUCUUCAUUACACAUCGGAGAGCUCCGUUGAACAGACCGCAGAAUUCUUUGGCUGUGACUGAUAUCUGCGUUAUUGUUACCAGUAAAGGAGAAACUCCACCUCACACUUUUUGCAAAGUGGAUAAGAACUUGAACUGUGGCAUGUGGGGUUCCAGUGUGUAUAUUUGUUACAAGAAGUCUGUUCCUGCAUCGAAUUCAAUUGCAUAUAAAGCUGGAUUAAUAUGCCGAUAUCCUGAAGAUGAUUAUGAAUUAUUUCCACUGUCUGAAUCAGUUCCCCUCUUCUGCCUUCCCAUGGGAGCUACAAUUGAAUGCUGGGCUCCCCAAACUAAGUAUCCACUGCCAGUUUUCUCUACCUUUGUGUUGACCGCCUCAUCAGCAGAGAAGGUAUAUGGUGCAGCUAUCCAGUUUUAUGAAUCUUACCCAAUGGAACUUCUAACUGAGAAACAGCUCAUGCAACUGGGCCUCAUCACUGCUGUGGGCAAGACGUUAAUCACGACCAAGUCUGUGCACACCAAUAAAUGCAUCUGUCUUCUCUCGCGCUGGCCAUUUUUUGAGGCAUUUCGCAAAUUCUUGAUGUUUUUGUACAAGCUUUCAGUCUCUGGACCUCAUCCUUUACCCAUUGAAAAGCAUAUAUCCCACUUCAUGCAUAAUGUUCCCUUCCCAUCAGCCCAGAGGCCAAGAAUCUUGGUUCAGCUGUCAGCGCUUGAUGCCUUGAUCCUGUCUCAGCCAGUUUCAACCCCCUUGCCUUUAAGAGGAGCAAACUUUAGCACUUUGCUAAUGAACUUGGGUGCUGAGAACUGUGCGACUUUACUGUAUUUUGUGCUGAUGGAAAACAAAGUUCUGCUGCACUCUCUCAGACCUGCGGUGUUGACGGGUGUGGCUGAAGCUGUUGUAACUAUGAUAUUUCCUUUCCACUGGCAAUGUCCUUAUAUUCCACUUUGUCCAUUGUCCCUCGCUGGAGUCCUCAAUGCCCCAAUUCCAUUUAUUGUAGGUGUUGAUUCACGCUAUUUUGACCUUUAUGAUCCACCCCUGGAUGUUGUAUGUGUGGACCUGGAUACAAAUACAAUAUAUCUAUCUGAUGACCGAAAAAAUUUAAACUGGAAGCAGCUUCCAAAAAAGCCCGGGAAGAAUCUCUUCAGCUCAUUGGUGAAUCUGCAAAACCAGCUUUCACUGAUUCACAGGAGAGCACAGGAAGGGUCUGCUGUUGAGAUGACACCGAUAGAGGCUGAUUUUUCAUGGCAUAAAAAGAUGAUUUCAUUGGAAAUGGAAAUCCAGGAGGCCUUUUUGCGUUUCAUGGCCUCAUUAUUGAAAGGAUAUAGAACAUACCUUAAACCAAUAACCCAGGCACCUUCUGAGAAAACCACUUCUGCAAAUUCACUUUAUGAUCUACAAGGGUUCUUGAAAUCUCGAGAUCGAGCACAUCACAAAUUCUACGUUCAGUUGACUAAAACACAGAUGUUUAUUCGUUUCAUUGAAGAGUGUUCUUUUGUGAGUGACAAGGAUGCUGGACUGGCAUUUUUUGAUGACUGUAUAGAUAAGCUUUUUCAUUCUGAUAAAGGCACAGAGAAAGGAACCAAGGUUGAUUCUGACUACACUGAAGAUACAAAGCUAAUUGAGCUGGAUGAGUCACAGAAGAGUGAACACACUGUAUUUGUAAUGCCUCUGGAGCCUCCACCGUCGGAUGGAAAAGACCCACCAGGACAUUUUAGCUACAAAACUUUUCCAGUGCUUAAACCAGAGCUGUUUGACAGACCACAGGAAUUAAAAAUGCCUGUUAGUUUUUUAGUUGGAGCUACUAUCCCUAGUAGUCCAGCCCUCAUGGCAAAAAGAACAAAACAGGAAAUAAAAACUGCCCAUAAAAUUGCAAAGAAAUACUUCUCAGUCCCUGCACUUUGGUCCAAGUGCUUAUUCAGCCAUUGUUACAGCCUUUGGUUCAUUUGCUUACCAGCAUAUGUUGGGGUCUCCUAUUCUAAGGUCAAAGCACUGCAACAAGCAUACAACGUUCUCAUCAAAAUGAGAAAUAUGAAGGUGGAUCCACUGGAUGAGGUGUGCUACAGGGUUCUGAUGCAAUUGUGUGGGCUCUUGGGCCACCCAGUACUUGCUGUUAGAGUACUCUUUGAAAUGAAGAAUGCAGGUGUACAACCAAAUGCCAUUACUUACGGUUAUUACAACAAGGCGGUUUUGGAGAGCCCUUGGCCCAGCAGUAAUCGCAGUGGUUGCUUUUUGUGGACAAAAGUACGGAAUGUGGUUCGUGGCGUGUCUCAGUUUCGUCAAGUGUUUAAGAAAUCAAGCUCUUCAGGCCCUCCAGUGCCACCGUUCUCAGGUGGAAGUGAUACAGAUGCUGUGAGCCAUGGCAGUGUGGAUAGUUCUAACGAUGCUAACAACGGAGAGCAUGUGCUAUUCGUCAGAGAUCUAAUCAGACUAGAUUCUACCGAUAAUCAUGGUAGCACAGGUGGUCAGUCAGAUCAGGGGUAUGGAUCUAAAGAUGAACUUCGACGUGAUGACACUGAAGAAACACUGAUAGAAAUUGACUCAUCCAGUACAAUUAAAGAGCAAAGAGGAAAAGACUCAGACAGCUCUGGUGUGAAUCAAUCAAUGAGUAAAAACAGUAUGAAUUCUAGUUUACCAGAAAAACUUCAUUCCUGUAGCAGCAUUGUAAAGCUACAAUGUGCUACGGUUGGCAGUCAGGGAAACAAUGAUCAUUUGGCUAGCCUGCUGCUGGAAUGUAAUGACCGUUAUCAAGAUGGUGAUGGAGUGGGUGACUCUAGUACCCAGGCACCCAGGCCGAACAGUGGGAAAAGUCAGCAGCGGCAAAAGUUUUGGGCAGAAAGGAGCUGCAGUUUCAGUGCUGAUACACGUUCGAAUAUGUUACUUAAGAAAGGAACCCUUGAGACUGAUCCAAAUGAGAUAGCAGAGACUAUGGGUGCAGAUGCCAAGAUCCUGGCUGCUGCUCUCUGCAAUGCCAAAGAGAUGUCAAAGAUGAAGACCUCUCCAAUAUUGGAUCACUCAACAAAUCAAGUGGCACAAGGCCAAAGUGGUGACAGCAGAGCCAUCUGCGGUGUUUCAGAAAACAGAGUCUUGCCUGUGAUGGAAACAACAGAUAUUCACCACGAUGUUGCUGAAACUGCAGUGACAUCAAAAAAUUCAGUUUUUGUAAGGGAUGAUGUACAGAUUGAACCAGAAACUAUUCUUCCAAUUCAUGAAGAAAAUCAAGAUCCUGUACACAAUAGGACUAGUGUGCCCUCUGUAGUUAAGCCUGUAGAAAGAGAAGAUGUUAAGGUAGGUUUUGACCCAUUAUCAUUACUGGCCUCAGAAACUGAAAAGAAAAUCCCUUCUACAAUCGAAGAGAAGACAUUACCACCGGUUGUGUCUCGAAAACUCGCUGACGAAAUUGAAAUGUAUAUGAAUCUUAAGAGCCCACUUGGGGGUAAAUCAGCCAGUAUGGAACUGCACAAAACUGAGAAUGAAGAGAAGCCAUCAGAUAAUCGUGAUGGGAUGCACUGUCAUGUACAAGAAAGAAGGUCAAGCCUCCCAUCUAGCCCUGCUCCACCAGAGGGUACACAAACACCAACUAAAACAGUGUCAAGAUCAAAAACAUUUGCUGGGCAGCCAAAAGUAUCUGUUUCACAGAAAAUGCGUUCAACUUCACUGACUGCCUUGGUACGGAACACGCAGCAUGGCUCCUUAGGGUCCAUAUAUACAUCAAUUUCAGGAUUUAAAUUUGACAAUCUGCUGUCUGGACCCAAAAUGGAUGUUCUUAAGUCGGGCAUGAAACAAGCAGCAAAUGUUGCCAGCAAAAUGUGGGGAGCCGUGGCAUCAGCUUACUCCUACUCUGAUGAUGAGGAUGAACAUUUUGAUGAUUCAGGAUUCAACUUUCCGCCUGGUAUUCAGGAUUAUGGCUAUGGUGGAAGCCCAACUGAAAGAGUAGGUCUGCCGACAAAUGGGCUUAAUCUGAGUAGCACAAGCCUUGGUGGCAGCAGCAACAGCAGUGAUACUGGUAAACAGCCUCUGACUGGUGCGACACAUUCAUCUAAAGUAGGAAAAGAAAAUGAUCCUGAGAAGUCAGAUCGUGGGUCUUCCCAGUGUGCCAGUACAUCAAGUAUUUUCCAGAAUUUUGCAAUGGAGGUAUUGAUGUCCAGUUGUUCUCAGUGUCGUGUAUGUGAAGCUUUAGUUUACGAUGAGGAGAUUAUGUCUGGCUGGAGUGCCGAUGAUUCAAACCUUAACACCGCUUGUCCAUUUUGUAAAAAUACUUUCUUGCCGGUUCUAAACAUUGAGUUUAAGGAUCUACGAGAGACUGGAAGUUUUUUCUUGAAGUCCAGUGUAUCUGGUGACAGUUUGCACAGCAACAAUGUAACUGCAGGAGGUGAUCCCCCCACGCAGAAAACUGUUCCAGCAGCAUCAAAUCCAAUAAAUUCCACAGAUUCACCUGUUACCACAGCAACUCAGGAACAGUCCUCUUCUGAAGAUAAAUGUGCUGUACCAAAGGGCCCAGAGGAUUUGCUGGACAGUGUAAAUGACGAUCCUCCAAAACGGACAGCAUCCUUAAUCCGAAGUUACAGUGUAGGUGGUCCAUUGCAAAACUUGGACGUAUCUCAGCGGCCUGCACACGGCAUUUCAACAACCAGCCUUCCAAAUAGUCUACAAGAAAGUGUGGAUUCUGUAGGUCUUAAAAGAAGGCCUAAUCCGAAGCCUGUGUCUGUCCCAUAUCUGAGUCCAUUAGUCCUGCGCAAGGAACUGGAGUCUCUGCUGGAGAAUGAGGGAGAUCAGGUGAUUCACAGCUCUAAGUUCAUCAACCAGCACCCAAUCAUUUUCUGGAACCUUGUUUGGUAUUUCAGAAGGCUGGAUUUGCCAAGUAACCUGCCAGGUCUCAUCCUUACUUCUGAACAUUGCAAUAACGGCACGCAGAUGUCUCAGUCAAGUCUUUCACAGGACAGCAAACUGGUUUACAUACAGCUACUUUGGGAUAACAUUAAUCUUCAUCAAGAGCCUGGUGAUCCAAUGUAUAUACGUUGGAGAAACAGGAACAAAAAUUUGGUUGGUGGAUUAACUCCAGAUAGUCAAGUGGAGAAGAGUUCCCUGCAUAUAAUUGUGAGAAGCAUCCAGACCAAUGAUGUGUUUGGACCUAUGUGCCUAAUCCUCAAAGAGUCCAGCAAACACCCUGAAAUCAAGAGACAAAGGAGUAUGUACAGGGAAAUUCUGUUUCUUUCUCUGGUGGCCCUUGGAAGAGAGAAUAUUGAUAUUGAUGCUUUUGAUAGAGAAUACAGAGCAGCUUAUGAGCGCUUGACAGAAGAACAAGUGAAGGUGGCCCUUCCAAUUGACUUACCGCCCUGCACCAAAAUAGAGUGGUGCCGGAAAUGUUUUGAGCCUCCCUUCAUCUAAACAAGAAACUGCAAUAUUAUUCUGGCGUUGAACCAAUAUGAUUUAUGUCCAAAGUAUGAAUGUACAAUCUUCAAACUAAGCACAUAUGCCGAGUUGAUUAAAAUUAAGAUGUUAAUGUAUGUGGAGCUAUAACUGCACAAUUUGAGGUGCCGUUUCAUUGAGAAUAAUGGCAAGAAAACUGUUCGCUGUUUCAAACUUCUAUGGAAGGGAAACUUAAAAUGUAACUGCUAAACAAUACAUGUCUUAAGGCAGAUCUGCCAUUUACUGUCAGUUGUCUAGUAGUGCAGUGUUUUGUACAAAUAUCACAAAGAAUGGCUCUGACCAUUGUAUUUUUUAGUAUCAAGGACUGGAUUUUAAAUUUUGAAUUAUUUCUUUCAGUGUAAAUGAAGUGUUGAAAUUACAAUUCAGAAUGAAAUCAUUAGGUGUGCUAUAAUGAAACUAGGGGAUCAUUCUUCUUUAAUUGAGUUGUCUAUGUCACUGAGGCAUAAAAUGCUCCCAAAUCAAUCAGGUAAUAUUAGAGUGGUUAUAAGGGGAAUUGGGAGAUAAUUGGGAAGCCAGACUGAUGUUUCUCUGUACUGUACCCAACUGAUGCUUUUCUAAUUACUGACAAAACUCUGCCUAAUAUCUGACAGUGCAGUUCUUAAUUGCAGCACAUAUAAAGGGAUACUGCAAUGUUAUGCUGAGAUAUUUGAUUGAUAGUAGAAGUACUAUUAGUGGUCUCCCCUCCCCAUUUCUCAAUGUAUGGUGUAAACAAGAGUAAUUUUAUUUAAAGACAAAUCGCUGAAUAUUACUGAUAGCUUGUUUUUCCAGGAUUGAAUAGAAUGUCAAAAGAAACUGAAAAGCCAGGAAAAGCAUUGGUAAAUGGUGGCAGUACAAAUAUUAUUGAAGGACAAAGCUUUUGGACUGAUAUCUAUAUGUAAUCCUGUAUUAAAGACUUUACCUUUAUUGAGUUGUAAAAUAAUUGAUUUUAUAUUUUAACACUUCUAAAAAGGCAGAUUGCAUCUAUGGUUCAAAUUGUGUACAGUUACAGUUAUAUGAUGACUUACUAUGUGAACAUAUUAAAGUUACUUGUUUCAA